AUGCGUCAAUAAAACCAGAAAAACACUUUUUUAAAAACUAUUCCUUAUACAUCUAUUUUUAUGGAGGCUUUAAGGUAAUCUUCAAUGUGGGUAUAAUCAAAUACUAUUGAUGGAAAUAAUUAAUUUUAAGGUAUAGAUGAAUAAAUUAUUCAGGCAGGUUACUUUUAAAAGUUGAUAGUCAAUGGGAAUCAGUUUAAUUAAAUCUACAUCCUGAAAAAUUAUAUAGAAAAGGAGUGGGAUCUGAGGAUUAUACAUCUUAUUGUUAAUUAUAAGCAUGUUUUCUAAAAAAGUUUACUCAUUUUGAUCCAACAAUGCCUAAUUAUAGAUAUGGUAUUAGACUAUAAUUUGGAUAAUAACUAACUCAUUUAUUAUGUGAAAAUGCAGAUAUCUUCAAAAAAUGGUUUUAAUUUUUAAGAAGAUUUUGUAUAAUGGAUAAAUUUGCAAGGAAAUAUAAAGUUUUAGGUAAAAUAAAACACAGUGAUCCUGUAUUUGGUUAAUGUUUAUUUUCUUGUGUCAGAGUGUAAGAUGCUGAAUAUCAUGUUGUGAAGGUAAUAGAGAAAGAUGUAAUUAUGGCAGCAUAAAAACAAAAUUUAUUUAGGGAAUUAAGUAAUUUAAGAAAAUUGAGUCAUACAUAAAUAUGUUAUAUUGUUGAAGUAUUUGAAGAUGAAUAAAAUGUAUAUAUACUAUAUGAAUACUACUUGGGAAUUGAUUUAAGAUCAUACAUAAAGGAAUCCUAAAUAUAUUAAAUGGCAGAAUAAUCAACAUAAGGAUUAGAAGAGAAAUUAGUUGCUGAUAUAAUCUAUGGGAUUUUGUAAGCAAUUUAACAUAUGCAUUCAAAAGGAGUAUUUCAUAGAGAUAUAAAAAUGGAAAACUUAUUUAUACCAGAAAAGAAACGUUUACCGUUUGUUGUUUUAGGUAACUUUUGUUAUUCUGAAACAACAGAUUAAUCAUAAUAUAAAAAAUGUGGUACUCCUGGAUUUGUUGCACCUGAGAUAUUUCGAUCUAAAAAUUAUACAAGUAAAGUGGAUUUAUUUUCUUUGGGUGUAAUAUUUUAUCUUUUAAUUUAUGGAAAAUUACCAUUUGAAGGUAAAGAUUAAGAAGAAAUACUAAGAUCAAAUGAAAAAUGUGAAAUAGAUUUUAAAAUAGAGUAUUUAUAUACAUAUUAAUUAAAUUAGAAAAAAAAUAUGCAAAAAAAUUUCAAAUUCUGGAAUGGAUUUAUUAAAGGGAUUAUUGAAUAAAGAACCAAUUAAAAGAUUAUCAGCUGUUUAGGCACUCAAUCAUCAUUGGUUUAUAAAAAUGGGUACAAGACAUUAAAGAAAUCAAUAUCUUUAAGUGUAAAGAGGGAAGUCUCUAUCUACUAUUAUUGAAAAUUCAGUAGAUAUUACUUAAAGGUAAAUAAUAUUCUCAAUAUAAGUUAUUAUUAAUCCAAUUCAUAAUUGCAUCAAUCUACAAAAGAGGAUGACAGAUUAGACAGAGUAGAAAAAGAGUUCAUUUAAGGUAGUCUAUAUGAUAAAUUGCUCCAUUUUAAUAGUAUUUAGUAUUAGCCUUCUAAAAUUCGUCACAAUUAGUAAUAGUAGUGA